GGCGCGGGCAACACGCCUUUGCCGCAUCCGCGUUACAGACCAAAAACACAAAUCAAUUAGGACGUGUUUCGGAACGCUCUCGAUCCGAAUUUCGAACGCAUUUGAAUAAAAAAGGCGCGAAAGUAGCAUGGACAACGAGUUCUUUUGUUGAAAAAAUAUUUUGUGUUUGUUUUUGUAAUUUAUUAGUUGAUGAUCAUGAAGCGAGAAGCCAUUAUUUCGUUCGCGAUUGCUGUUUUGGUGUGGGAAAAAUCUCAAGCGUGCUUCCACGAGUCGAUCGAGCGCGAGAUGAUAUACGAGAAGACUGGCACUCCCUACUACCUGGAGUGCACCUGCAACGAGCCAGGGUACGACACCAGGCACAUCACCUGGCUGGACAACAACGACACUGUGGUACGGGAGCAGCGACCAGGUAUAGAACAUAGUGUGUUCACGGUGACAGACCACCACACCGUCAGCCUGAACAUCCCCUACUUGAGCAAGAAGACGUCGGGCACGUACAAAUGUCAGACGAACUUCGAAGGGAACAAGUACAUACAGACGUACCAUAUCACAGCAUACGAUCCCAUCACAAUAAACCCUCCAGUGAAACAGUUUUUGCUGCUGGGCAACAGAUCUCUCAUUCGCUGCGAGGUGCACGCCGAACCCGACGCCAAUUUGAUUGUCACCUGGCACAAAGUUGAGGGGGAUAGACUCGUGCAGAUAAAUACAGAUGCAACUUACACUAUCAUGCCUGAAGGGCUCUACAUAAACAAAGUGGAGGAAAAGGACAAAGGAAUAUACAGCUGCGCCGUGCUGGAGAGCAAAACAAUGGAUGAAGUGGAUAUUAAUAUUUAUACAGAGAUAAUAACAAAGCCAGUAAUCAAAAGAGUCAAAGCGGUGCCGGAGUCAACAGUGGUAGUGGGUGACCGGUUAGUGCUGGAGUGUGAUGCAGAAGGCACUCCUCACCCGGAGUACAUAUGGAGGAAGGUAGACGAGCCAGUGACAGAAAACCCGCCGCGAUGGAAGCAGCAGAUCAACGCACUCGUGAUGGAAAGCAUUCUGCCUCAAGACAGCGGCGUCUACGAGUGCGUGGCGCAAAGCAACGCGGGGGUCGUCUCCGAGACUAUCGACAUUCAGGUUUUAGUCCCGCCAAGCAUAACAUCAUUCGAGAAUAUAACCGCGAAGGAAGGCUCCACGGUGCAACUGGUGUGCAACGCCGAGGGCCGGCCCGCUCCAAACGUUUCCAUCAUAUUCAUCGACAAUGAUUUGGACUUGGUCGAAUUAGACGAUAACGACAUAAAACAAAACUUGGAAUUCAUCAAAGUAAAUAGAUCUGACAUGGGGGUCUACGCCUGCAAUGCUACCAAUAAAGUGGACUACGCGACAAGACUUAUGUUUCUGUCAGUGGAAUUUAAGCCGUAUUUUAAGUCGGUGGCGGAAGUAGUAUGGGGCUGGAAAGGACACGAGGUCAACCUCAGUUGCGAGUAUGAGAGCAACCCUCCGGCGGAGUUGUCUUGGAGAUACGAAGGUAAAGGUGUAUCAACGGCAGAACAAGUGCAAGUCAAUAAGCUAUUAAACGACAUGGUUAGGGAUACGUACAUAAGAUUCAACGUGUCUGCAUAUCCGUAUCCAUUUGGAGUGUACGAGUGCAAAGCCGCGAAUGCAUUGGGAGCGGACAAGAAGACGAUCACUUUCAAGGAAGGAUUUGUUCCGGGAAAUAUCAGUGAUGCGGCAGUGCUAAUUCGCAAUCCGACUUCAGUGACCUUCGACAUCCGAGGCCCAGACACGGUCGAAGGGCCGGCCAUACUCGGCUACACGGCUGAGUAUGACACCGAAUUCAAUUCCAAUGUCACUGACAUCCACAUGAACAGAACCUGGGCCAUAGACAGGCCCUAUACCAUAGAGAACUUAGAGCCGAAUACCACUUAUGUGAUAAGAUUUGCGGCUCUGAACGAGGUUGGGCAAGGCCCGUGGACUGAGUACAAAACCUUCUACACGUUGGAACCUUCCAUCCCUAGCCCGCCGCAGUGGCAGACGGUGUCAGACGGCGAGCUAGUCAAUAUCACCUCUAUGGACCAAACUACGUCUUGGAACCCAGCUGAAGGGAAUGGCGCUACGGUGAAUUACUAUACCGUGAGGUAUUGUCCGGUGGAUGACGAAGAGUCGUGUAUGGAGGAUAUUAUAGAACCCAACUCGGAAUUGAAACUUAACAAUAGAUUAUUGGAAUUCAAUACUACAUAUUCUAUAGAAGUUAUGGCACACAAUUACAUGGGUGAUUCUGUUCCGGCUAAUUUAACGGUAUUAAUGACAGUGGACCUCAUCACAGCAGCGCCACUUCUCUCUGCCGGCGCCAUAAUCGGCAUAUCGGUGGUGAUGGUGUUCGUCUGCCUGCUGUUCCUGGACCUACUUCUGCUCAUGUGGCGGAAGCAGGGCAUCAUCGCCAGCUGCUGCAUCAGGAAGAAGAAGAAGAAGAGCAAAGCGGACGAGGGCUUGCGAGUUCGCGACAAAAAGGGCCUUUUGAGAGACACCCGCGAAGCGGACGAGACCGAAAGGCACAAAGAGUUCGAAUACAACAAAACCACCGGGAUCAUCACGGGCCGACAUUCUGCCGUUUAAAUAUAGAUACAGUAAUGAUGGGAAAUGGACUGCUGAAUUCUCCGCGUGCCUUUGAUGCCAUACUGCGAGUUUAGAAAGCCUACCGGUGGAAGUGUGCUUGUGAUUAUUUCCAAUGUUAUAACUUAAGAUAAAAGAUCAAAUUCACGAAAAUGUCGGUUUUAAUACAACCUUAUUCUUGUAGUGUUAAAUCACAAAAUUUAAACAACAUGAUGUUUGAAGUUCGGGCUGAAACACAUCGCAAUAUUCAGUACCAAUUAGAUUUGUACAAUAUUGUACAUGACAGCACAUCAUUACAUUUUUGUUGCAAAAAAGCCCGUAUUACAACCAGAUAAGACUGUGUUUAGCUUGAUGUGCAUCAGUCUAUUUUUGGCGUUGUUGUUUAGAUUUUUUGUGCAUGUUAUAGAUUUCAAUUUGUAUAUUUUUUCAGCAACGUAUCUUCUAUUUGCAGCAUGUACCUAUAUUCAUUAGAUAUGGUAGGAUCUCAUGACUACAGUAAAUGACACUAGCUCUAAGAUUUUAGUAUUUGUACCACUGACCAACUUUGUAAAGUCCCUACGUCAUUAAAUAAUUAUAUCCAUAUUGUAAAUAGUUAAAAUAACUCUUUACGUAUCCAAGAUAAGUUUU